AUGUCUUUUUCGGCGAAAUUUUCGAAAGGAUUUUCGACAUCUUUUCAAGAAACAGCUCUAACAUCUUCUUCAGCUACUCUGAUGUCACUUCUGAUGGCAAAUUCAACAUCAUUUAUGUUGUCUUCUACCCUAGCGAAACAACUAGAUCUACUUUCGAAAACACCAGAUUUGCAACCAAAAACACCAAAUUCGUUACCUGAAUUACAAAAACCUCCAAAACCACCAAAUAUACCAUGUAAGCUGGUUUUUAAACCUUCAUCUUUAAAUUCAGAUUCUCCUCCUAUUUUUCCUCCACCACCGACUAAAUUGGCUGAUUUGCCACUAAAUCUAUCGUUUACCAGUCCACGACCUCAGCCUCCACCUGAACCACCACCUGAACUAUCAAAUUUUCAUUUUCAUAAUUUUAAUAUUUUUCAUUGUUAUGAUUUUGUUUAUUUUGUUUAA